AGCAAUCCCUGGGCCACCGCAGGGACCCCGGGCUCAGAGCGCGAGGGCGCCCAGACAAGCAGCUGCGGACCCCGAUCCCGACCUGCCUCCGCCAUGUACGACCCUGGGCGCGGCUGGAGCCUGUCCUUCGUGGGCAGCGGCUUCCUAGUUUUCUACCACGUCGGGGUGACCCACUGCCUGAGCGAGCGCGCCCCGCACCUCCUCCGCGACGCCCGCAUGUUCUUUGCCUCCUCGUCCGGGACGCUGCACUGCGCCACCUUCCUCGCCGGGAUUCCGCUGGAUCGGAUCUUACAGAUCCUUGUGGAUAUCAUCCAGAAUGUCAGGAAACGGAACUUUGGCGUUCUGCACCCAUCCUUCAAUAUGAGCAAGUACCUUCGGGAGGAACUCCACAAACACCUCCCAGCCAACGUCCACCAGCUCGUCUCUGGCAAAAUGUGCAUCUCACUCACCAGAAUGUCUGAUGGGAAAAAUUUGCUGGUGUCUGAUUUUCAGUCCAAAAUGGAAGUUGUAGACGUCUUGGUCUGUGCCUGCUUUGUCCCCUUCUACUGUGGUUUAAUCCCUCCUACCUUCAGAGGUGUGCAAUACCUGGAUGGAGGUUUGACUGACAAUGUGCCUUUCACUGAUGCCCAAACAACCAUCACUGUGUCCCCCUUCUAUGGGGAGCAUGACAUCUGUCCCAAGGUCAAGUCCAUGAACUCUCUUCAUGUGAACAUCAGCAAGCUCAGUCUGUGCAUCUGCUCAGAAAAUGUCUCCCUUCUGUUCAAAGCAGCAUUCCCCCCAGAAGUCAAGGUACUUGGAAAGAUAUGCCUUCAAGGAUAUUUGGAUGCCCUUAGAUUCUUGGAAAAGCAGGGCAUCUGCACCAGGCCAGGGCCAAGCCUGAAUUUACCCUCUGAAGAGAGAAAGUCCAAGGUCAUUGCUCCCUGUGAGGAAAACAUGAGCCAGGAGGCUCCCUGGGAGGCAGCUGCCUUGGAGAUGUGGCCUGAGGGAGAUGAGCUGCUGGAGACCCUGUGCCCCAAGCUCCUUAUAGCACUGAGUGAAGCAAUGAAGGAUGCAGAUGGCCAUAUGAGCAAGAUGUGGAACUUCUUCCCUCUGAGGAUAAUGUCCUAUAUGGUGCUACCCUUCAUGCCACUUCGGGAGUCUGUGGUUGCUCUUGUCCAGAGGCUGGUGACAUGGUUCCCGGAUAUUCCUGAGGGCAUCCAGUGUCUGCUGUGGGUGACCUGCCAGAUUUAUUCUCAUAUGGUGGCUUGUCUGCUCCCCACUUCCAGAUGCCGAUCUCCAGCACCAGGGCACCAGCCUUUCACACAAAAACCAGAACAUGACUGACUGAUGGCCUCCCAAGACCCCUGUGAGCCUGGACACCUGUCCUGUGGACUGUCCAUUAGGGCACAAGCUGAGGCCACACAGUGAUCCAUCUUCCAAUGUGGUCUGACCUUCUUAGGCAGCAAAGUAGCUGCCAGGGUGGGAGGGCUGGAAAAGAGUUUCUCAGUCAUUUCUGGAGAAGAGUUUAGGAAAUUCUUUAAAGGGUGAUAAAUCUAACCAACUUUUGUAAUCUUACCUAUCCUGGGCCUUUUAAUGAGCUGAUGCCUCAGAUAUACAGAACACUGGCUUCUGCACUCAAUUUACUGUUUAUCAAAGACACAUGUAAUGGAAGUCUUUUUAUGAAAAACUAGGAAGAUACUUUAUUAUAAGUGGAAGUCUACCUUUCCUGGAAAGCUAACAUGUAAGUGUGUGUGUCAGUUGGGUCAGUUGUUUGUAAUAUCCCACCUGGGGAACAAGCAAGGGGGGUCCAUUGCUGGCUCAACAUCACAGCCCUGUUAAUGUACUGACCAGUGUGGGGUUCCUAGAAUGGCUGGUGUUUGGACAGGUGGGUCCUUCUGCUGGGGACUGGGCUGGCCUUGGUCUUUGUGCACCCCUGGGGUUGGAAGGAAGAGAGUGGCAUGAUUCUACUUCCCCAUACAGGAGAGGUUCUGGGCAGCAUGAGGGUUGUGAUGCUUUUCGAAGUAGGGCUGCCUGCAAGUCAGAUUCCUGCCUGACACUUAGUACUAAAGAAAUAAAUUACUUCCAUUCGAAAACAUCUAUUUUGACCUAGCUAAAAUAUUAAAGGAUUCUGUAUUAAAAAAAGGAAAUUUUAUUAUCUGUUGGGUUGUGUAUUGCUUGAAGCAGUGAAAUGUUAAUAGAAUAGGAGAUUGAAAAUCCCUACUGAGCAGAGAGUCAUCUCAGAAUGCCAAGCUUAAACCACAUACAAAUGAAGCAACAACUCUCUUUUCUACUUGUCCUCUCAGACGUGAACUUGGCUUAUUUCCUGUGACUUCUGACCUGUGUCAUUUUCCCAUCCCAUACUCCCAAACAAUAACCUUCUCUCUGUCCUCUCUAGUCCUCCAGCUUUAUUGACAAAGAACACUUGAUUCAGGGAACUGACCUUUGCCCCAGGUAUAAUGUAUUAUUAGCAAACUUAAGGUAAUGUUACUCAAAGUGAAGGGGGUGUGGAUUUUCUUAUUUAUGUCCUUGAGUAGGACAAUUAAAAAAGGAUACACUCAAACUCCUAGGUACUGGCAAAGUCAAAACUCUUACCUACAUUGUGUAACAAAAGAAAACCAGUUGGGAAAUUCCACAGUAAGAGGUUCUGCAAGUGCUUAGGCCAUAGGUAGGGGAUACUCACCCUUAGUUGUGUAAGUAUCCUGGCAUUGAAGAACUAGUAACUUCUUAGAAAGACCUUCAUCAAGAAGCCACAUAAUUUAAAUUCAAAAUGGUUCCAGGGUAAACAAUUGAGAGCACAUCCUCUUUUCUGUGAUUAGAUUUUGGACUCCUUGAAUGCAUGGGUUACUUGUAAAAACAGGGGCCUAAAAGCCUCUCCUUCAGGGGCAGAAGUCUGAGUUUCAACUCUGGCUCCUUAUUUCAUGAUGGUCUGAGUGAGGGGCCAGGCUCUCCAAGCUACCCAGGUGCCAGAACAAAGCAAUUGUCACCUCUCUGGGAUGGACAGGGGGUGGACAUCAGUCAAACCUGACACCUCCUGGAGCCCUCGGCCUAAGUGCUUGUAACAUCUCCUCACACAUUUACUGGAAACUCUUACUCUGGAAUUUCCCAGCAAAUUUUCUUCUGUUAGAACCUCAUCAUGGGUCAUUAGCAGGUGUAACUAAAUUUAUGAGUAUUUAUAAUAAGCAAAUUAUUUAUGUAUAGACAGAUAUAUACACUACCUUUGUGAAGGUUAUCAGAAAAGAAAGACAUUAAAUGGCUGAUAGUACUAAAGGGACUCAUUUUCUUUCUGGUUUUUGAAAUACUCUUUACAAUGGGCAUAUGGUUUAUGUUUUUUAUAAAUGUGCACUAAGACAAGGAAGUGUCAUACUCUUUGAGAAGUGGCCAAGACUUCCCUCUGCACCUGUGCCUUAAAUGCUACCCCAUCCCACCUCCUCCAGCUGGACCCAUGAGUCUCUUCUGUCCUGCCACCUCCACCCCUCCUGGACUGCAGCAUCUCUCCUCAGCAAAUCCAAAUAUUCUUUGGUUUCUCCCACCUUCCCAGAUAAAGGCUUCUUCUAAUAAGGGUGCAUGCACACUCUGGAAUAUUCCACUAUCAAGAACAAAGAUUUCUAAUAUAUUUGAUGUGAGAGAUCAAUAGUCUUUGGUUAACAAACAGAUUGCAAAACUUGAAGAAGAGUAUUGGCCAAGUAUGGUUAAAAAUAAAUAAAAUUAUACAGGUAUCUAUAUAUAUAUGGGUAUAUAGAUAGAAAAAAGACUAAAAGGAUGUAUUCUGGAAUAUUUACACUGGUUAUCAUUUUAUGAUUACUCAUAAUUAUAUUUUACUCAUACACUUUGUUUUCUAGAUUUCUAUGAUGAACAUGUAUUAUUUUUAAAAUCAGAAUAUAACUCAUAAUAAAUGUGAUUUUUUAAUAGAA